CUCUGCUGUACAAACCCAUCGACCGGGUGACGCGGAGCACCCUCGUCCUGCAUGACCUCCUCAAGCACACCCCAGCCGACCACCCCGACUACCCGCUGCUCCAGGACGCCCUCCGCAUCUCGCAGAACUUUCUCUCCAGCAUCAAUGAGGACAUCGAUCCCCGGAGGACAGCGGUCACCACCCCCAAGGGGGAGACCCGGCAGCUUGUCAAGGAUGGCUUCUUGGUGGAGCUGUCGGAGGGUUCGCGGAAGCUGCGGCACGUCUUCCUCUUCACCGAUGUGCUGCUCUGCGCCAAGCUGAAGAAGACGGCAGUGGGGAAGCACCAGCAGUACGACUGCAAGUGGUACGUGCCCCUGGCCGACCUGGUGUUCCCCUCGCCGGAGGAGUCGGAGCACUGCCCGCAGGUCCACGUCAUCCCUGACCACGAGCUGGAGGACAUGAAGAUGAAGAUCUCAGCCAUCAAGAGCGAGGUGCAGAAGGAGAAAGCCAACAAGGGGCAGAGCCGGGCCAUCGAGCGCCUCAAGAAGAAGAUGUUUGAGAACGAAUUCUGGCUACUCCUCAACUCGCCGGCCAUCCCCUUCCGCAUCCACAACCGCAAUGGGAAGAGCUACCUCUUCCUGCUGUCCUCCGACUAUGAGAGGUCUGAGUGGAGGGAGGCCAUUCAGAAACUGCAGAAAAAGGACCUCCAGGCCUUUGUCCUGAGCUCGGUGGAGCUGCAGGUGCUCACAGGAUCCUGCUUCAAGCUACGCACCGUCCACAACAUCCCGGUCACCAGCAAUAAGGACGAUGACGAGUCCCCUGGGCUCUACGGGUUCUUGCACGUUAUCGUCCACUCCGCCAAGGGCUUCAAGCAGUCUGCCAACCUUUACUGCACGCUGGAGGUGGACUCCUUCGGGUACUUCGUCAGCAAAGCCAAGACCAGGGUUUUCCGGGACACCACUGAGCCACAGUGGAAUGAGGAGUUUGAGAUCGAGCUGGAGGGCUCCCAGUCCCUGCGCAUCCUCUGCUACGAGAAGUGCUACGACAAGACUAAGCUCAACAAGGACAACAACGAAAUCGUGGACAAGAUCAUGGGCAAGGGGCAGAUCCAG